GUGUUUGAAUAGUUUAAAAGGACCAUGCUACACUUACACCAAAAAAUAUACCCCAUUUGUACACCACAGGUUUGCACAAACAUUUCGAUGGUUUACACCGACACAAGUGUUGGUGCGUUAAUAAAAAUUCACACGGACACAAAUGUUGGUGCAUUUAACAAAAAUUAGUUUUACACCAACACAAAGUGUUGGUGCAAAACUGCGGGAUACAAAUUGGGCAACACGCCAAGUCACGUGUUGAACAGCAUCCCAGAAAGAAGUAGGAACGUCAGUAGUAGUAAUUACUACUAGAAAUUCAUGUAAUCCAACCUAAAGGGUUUUAUUUUGAGCGAAAAAGAGAGUUAUCGGAAUGGACUUUGUGACAAACAUAAUCAGAGGGGUAACUAACAAGACAACAAACACGCGGAACACAUUGACCAGUGGCUGCACUAGUUGGAAUAAACGCGGCCAAAGGAAUGGUUGCCAAGUACUGCUCAUCUUGGGAUGAGAAUGGAGACAACGAGGCGGUAGGUGUAGACGACUCAAAGGCCAAGGACGAAGAAGAAGUUGUCUGUGGUGAAGAUGGGAGCGAGGUAGUUGUGACUAGCGUUGGUGGAGAUGUAGAUGGCUGGCUUGCCCUGCAUCAUGAGGCCUUCCCCCUACUGCGGAGUGACGAGGGGAAGACAUUGAAAGAAGCUAAUUGAUGCUCGGUCCGCCUGGAACGAUCGCCGCAGGAGUCUUUUUGAUCACUGUAACCUUUUCCUAGAUAUCUUCUCCAUGGUCCUUCAAGGCAAAAAAAAUUGGCCGUUACUAUAUUUUGUCAGUCUAAAAAAAUUCAACUUCCUAUUUUAGAAAUAAUUUUGUGACCUGUAU